AUGAUCAAACGAUCGCAAGCGAGACUCACUCGCGAGGAGGUCGACCUUGUUAAAACACAAUAUCGGUUCGACGACCCGGGAUCGAUCUGUGUAUCGGACGAUUCGAUCGCGGGAUUCAGGCACGUAUCUCUCUGCGUACGGGCUACGUACGGCCGCGCGCGCGUCUUGCUGCAGACUAAAGCUAUAGGCCGGGCACGCACGCGGGCGCAGGCACGCGGCGAGAUGAACAGCCCUACGCCAGCCGUCCCACCGACCCGCUUUAUC